CGGCCCUCACAAAACUUGGGUGUUGCAAUGGAAGAGGCAGAUAAGAGUAACAGAAAGGCCGCAAGGGUGUUUGAGCAGCUUGAAGCAGCACAAGCAACAAACUCUGAAAUGGAAGCGGAGUUGAGAAGGCUAAAGGUGCAAUCUGACCAGUGGAGGAAGGCGGCAGAGGCUGCUGCUGCCAUGCUUUCGGCAGGUAACGACGGCAAGUUUAUGGAUAGAAUCGGGUCAUUGGAGAGCAAUUAUAAUCCCAUUUUCGGAGAGGUAAGCUCUCACUAUGAUGAAGACAUGGAUGAUGAUUUGCUGAAGAAGAAAAAUGGGAACAUGCUAAGGAAGAUUGGAGUAUUGUGGAAGAAGCCGCAAAAGUUGAAGCACCUUAAGGCGCUUAAACUAGGUUAAUAUUUGUUUAAAUCACAUAACUUUUCUAUAAUACAUUUUCUCCAUGUUUUGGCA